AUGGGAUUCAACAACAAGAAGCGCAAGUCAAACCCGAGCGAUGGUAAUAACAACAACAAAAGAAUCCAAAAGCGAGACUUUAAGAAAUCCAAUCGCUCAAAUUCGUGGGACAAAGAACCCAAAGGGAAACGACCGGCAAGAGGAGGAGGCAAAAAGAACAACGGCGAAGGGAAAUACGGCGCGACUGAAUACGUCCGCGAAAACGAGCACUUCGAAGCGUACUACUCGGCGCAAAAGAUAUGCUCGUCCGACGAGGAUUUUGCAAACUUGAUGCGCGUUUUGAAAACGGAUUUACCGAGCAGUUUUAGAAUCAACGGGGUUGGGAACUUUGCCGCGCGGAUCAAGCAACGAGUGAAAAACGAGUUCGCGACGUUAUCCGGAGCAGGGUUGGAAGAUAUUAAACCACCGAAAGCGGUGGAGUGGUAUCCAGACUCUGGGGCGUGGCAAUUUAGUUACUCCAGGUUACAGUUACGAUCCGUGCCACAGUUGAAGUCGUUGCACGAGUUUCUCAAAUCCGGCCAAGAGUUUGGUUCGAUCACGAGGCAAGAAGUCGUGUCGAUGAUACCGACGCAGUUUUUGAAGGUUGAACCGCACCAUAAGGUUUUGGACAUGUGCGCUGCGCCUGGAUCGAAAACGUUCCAAGUUUUAGAGGCGUUGCAUAGGGAUUUUGAGAGUUACGAUCCGAGCUUUGGGAGUUUUCACGCGGACGCGGAGGGAGGAAAAGCAGAGUUGUCCGCAAAGAUGCCGACUGGGUUUGUCGUCGCCAACGAUGCUGAUUUGAAGCGCUGUAAUUUGUUGACGCACCAAACGAAACGCGCGAAUUCGCCGUGCUUGUUGGUGACGAAUCACGAGGGGCAGAACUUUCCUGUGAUUAAAGGUGAACCCGGGAACGCUCAGGAUGAUUUUAAGUUUGAUUCCAUUUUGUGUGACGUGCCGUGUAGCGGAGAUGGCACGAUGCGGAAAGCGCCGGAUAUUUGGGCUCGAUGGCACGGCGGCUUUGGAAAUGGUCUGCACUCGCUGCAGAUCAAAAUCGCAAAGAGAGCCGCGCAGAUUUUGAAAGUUGGAGGGAGGAUGGUAUAUUCCACGUGUUCGUUGAACCCGAUUGAAAACGAAGCCGUGGUGAUGUCGCUGAUGAAAGCGACGAACGGGGCGUUGACGUUGGUAGACGUGAGCAAAGAGUUACCGAACUUGAAACGAUCGAACGGGUUGAGAGAUUGGCAAGUUUGGGGGAAAUCGAAUCGUCGAUGGAAUUCGGCGGAGGAAGCGCACGAGAACAACGAAAAAGUUGUCGCGAGUUCCAUGUUCCCGGAUAAAGAGUUUUUAGAUACCAUCCCGAUUGAAAAUUGCGUGAGAAUUUUACCGCACCACUCCGAUACCGGUGGUUUCUUUGUCGCCGUUUUCGAUAAGGUGAGAGAAUUGGAUCCGGAGAUUGAGACGCAAAUCGAAAACGAGGCGAACGGCAACGAGAGUAAAAAGUCGAAAACGAGAGAGUUUUCGAAAUUUAAAGGUUUAGGCAUGGCGGAAGUGAAGUGCCAUUUCGAGUACCCGUCCUCGUCCUCGAAUGGUGACUCUGGAGAUCAAAUUAAGCUCUCUUUAACCGUGGAACAGCCGAAACCGCCGAAAGAGAAGUACUCUCGCGACCCGCAAGAUGGUACGUUACUCUUCCUCAACGCGCACGGUCAAGACCAAUCGAGACCGGGUAGGAAAGGGUUCGACGGGGUCGCGCCCGUGAAUUCUCCGGACGUCGUCGAUCCAAUCAACGAAAAGUACGGCAUUCACUCGCUUCAAAUCGAGAAAAACUGUGUCACGAGAACCGCGGCAGGGAGCAAACCGAAACGCGUGUAUUAUGUCACUCCAAAUUUACGACAGUACAUCGCCGCCGAUACGAGGGAAAGUUUACGCAUAACCGCCAUCGGUUUAAAAGUCUUCGAACGACAAAACUUAAACGACGAUAAAGACUCUUACUUUGGCGCAGACUCGAAAGUUUUGAGCUCGUGCAACUACCGAUUAAACCAAGACGGUUUAUUCCUAACUUUGCCGUUCAUGACAAAACAAGCGAUCACGAUCACCAUCCCCGAACUCCUCCAAAUCCUCAAACUGAGAGGUUUGGCGUUGGUUGAAAACGAACCGGUACCGGACGGUUCCAAAUUCACUCCGCGACCGAGUUUCACCGACGCGGAAACUCGAAAACACGUCGAAAGUUGCUCCCAAGGCUCGCUCGUUUGUUUGCUCCGCGACGAGGACGUUCAGAAACUCAACUGCUCUCGAUCCGAAUUCGCAAUCACGUGUUGGAAAGGCAAAACGAGCUUAAACUUGCUCGUUUCGAAAGUCGAAACCGAACACUUGCUCGAAAAGUUAAAAGCGCACACGAGAGAUGUGAACGACGACGCAUGA